UCUGCUGAUCAACAUGGCCCUAAGACCCUGCGUGAGACAUCAACAUCUGAGCAGCUGUCAGGUGAUGAAUGCAGAGAAGCAAUGUCCGUGAUGAAGCAUUCAGCAGACCAAACAGUUGUUAAAGAGAAAAUGAAGCCAACCUUCAAACACCUUCAGAGUAUGCUACACGAUCCAGACCAGUCUUCAGUCAUCCUAGAUCACUUUCCCCGAUUCCUGGAUACACCAGGCUUGAUUAACCAAGACUUCACAAUGCUAUUUGGAGAAGACAUCUCAGGCAAGUUUAUUGCAAAAUGGCCAACGUUCUACAAACCUAGGAUUAUCACUGUCAGCGAAGGCCUUCGCCCUGGUACUCAUGUGGAUGACCUUCUGUCUGCUCAAGAGGAAUCAAAUGAUUAUGGAUGGGACAGUGACUUGGCAGCUAUCCUCCUGCUCGUUCAUCUCUUGCCUCCAACCGCAAAAGGAAAAAGACAUGGGAAAAUCAGUGCCACUGAAGCGACUGCCCAUGUGGUCAAGUUCAUGAAGGUGGGGACGAGCAUGGUGACAUUCCUGGACAGAGUUGGAUCAGCACAGCCCUUCCUCCUCUGUGUUGGAGAAAAGAAGAGUAGUAUCCAGAAGUGUUACGUCAUCCUCGAUCAGAAGGCCAUUCCCUGCGUGGCACAGACAGCUGUGGCUGCCUUCGACGAACUGUUUAAGGCCCACUUCGUCUUUGCUGUAUCCUACGAUGAGGCCUUGUGCAACUUCUACACCUUCAUUCAGACUACUGUAUAUGGGAUUGACGUCGGCACUACAAAAGAUAGUGCACAGGUCAAGGAAAUCCGGGCAAAAGUUGAUCAUAUUGAGGUUUGA